GACCGACCGACAGACAGACAGACCGAGCCCCGUCGUCCGCGGGGGAAGAGGUGAACGUAAUCAUAGGGCACUGCAACGAUGGAGUCCAUGCUUAAUAAACUAAAGAGCACUGUUACGAAAGUAACAGCUGAUGUCACCAGUGCAGUGAUGGGGAAUCCUGUCACCAGGGAGUUUGAUGUUGGUCGGCAUAUCGCCAGUGGUGGCAACGGAUUAGCCUGGAAGAUUUUUAAUGGCACAAAAAAGUCAACAAAACAGGAAGUGGCUGUUUUCGUCUUUGAUAAAAAGCUAAUUGACAAGUAUCAAAAAUUUGAAAAAGAUCAGAUUAUUGAUUCUUUAAAACGAGGAGUCCAACAAUUAACCCGACUUCGACACCCUCGACUUCUCACUGUUCAGCAUCCUUUAGAAGAAUCCAGAGAUUGUUUGGCAUUUUGUACAGAACCAGUGUUUGCAAGUUUAGCCAACGUACUAGGGAAUUGGGACAAUCUACCUUCAACGGUGUGUCCUGAUAUUAAAGAGUACCAACUUUAUGAUGUGGAGACCAAAUAUGGUUUGCUUCAGGUUUCUGAAGGUUUGUCCUUUUUACACAGCAGUGUGAAAAUGGUUCAUGGAAAUCUUACUCCUGAAAAUCUGAUUUUAAACAAAAGUGGAGCGUGGAAAAUUAUGGGGUUUGAUUUUUGUAUUCCAUCAACAAAUCCUUCUGAACAAGAGCCCAAGUUCCCUUGUAAAGAGUGGGAUCCAAAUUUACCGUCAUUAUGUCUUCCAAAUCCUGAAUAUUUGGCCCCAGAGUACAUACUUUCCGUGAGCUGUGAGACUGCCAGUGAUAUGUACUCUCUAGGAGCUGUUGUGUAUGCUGUGUUUAAUAAAGGAAAACCUAUCUUUGAAGUCAACAAGCAAGAUAUAUAUAAGAGUUUCAGUAGACAGUUGGAUCAGCUGAGUCGUUUAGGAUCCAGUUCACUUUUGAAUAUACCGGAGGAAGUCCGUGAACAUGUAAAGUUACUGCUAAAUGUAACUCCAACUGUCAGACCAGAUGCCGAUCAAAUGACAAAAAUUCCUUUCUUUGAUGAUGUUGGGGCAGUCACCUUACAAUAUUUUGAUUCCUUAUUCCAAAGAGACAAUCUUCAGAAGUCACAAUUUUUUAAGGGACUGCCGAAAAUUCUACCAAAAUUACCCAAGCGAGUUGUAGUACAAAGAAUUUUGCCUUGCUUGACUUCUGAGUUUGUGAACCCUGACAUGGUACCUUUUGUUUUACCUAAUGUUCUACUUAUUGCUGAAGAAUGCACCAAAGAAGAAUAUGUCAGAUUGAUUCUACCUGAUCUUGGCCCUGUCUUUAAGCAGCAAGAACCAAUCCAGGCUAGCAACAUGAUUUUGUUAAUUUUCCUACAAAAAAUGGAUUUGCUACUAACCAAAACACCGCCUGAUGAAAUAAAAAAUAGCGUUCUUCCAAUGGUUUACAGAGCCUUAGAAGCACCAUCCAUUCAAAUUCAGGAACUCUGCCUGAAUAUCAUUCCAACAUUUGCAAACCUGAUAGAUUAUCCCUCUAUGAAAAAUUCUUUGAUUCCAAGAAUUAAAAAUGCCUGUUUACAGACUUCCUCACUUGCAGUUCGUGUAAAUUCAUUAGUGUGCUUAGGAAAGAUUUUGGAAUACCUGGAUAAAUGGUUUGUGCUUGAUGACAUUCUGCCCUUUCUACAACAGAUACCAUCCAAAGAACCUGCAGUUCUCAUGGGAAUUUUAGGUAUUUACAAGUGUACAUUUACUCACAAGAAGUUGGGAAUCACCAAAGAGCAACUAGCUGGAAAGGUUCUGCCUCAUCUAAUUCCUCUUAGCAUUGAAAACAAUCUUAAUCUCAAUCAGUUCAAUUCUUUCAUUUCGGUCAUAAAAGAAAUGCUUCACAGAUUGGAGUCUGAGCAUAAGACCAAAUUGGAACAAAUUCAUAUCAUGCAAGAACAGCAGAAAUCUUUGAAUAUAGCAAGUCAAAUUAACGUAUCGGAAGAGACAAAAGUCACUAAUUCUGGCAGUCAGAUUGACAAGGUCUUUACCGGUGUGGGGACAGACAUUCUUACUGGUGGAGCAGACAAUAAAGAGAACGGAUUACAGGCCAAACAAAAAAGAGCAUCCCUUACCCUUGAAGAGAAGCAAAAAUUAGCAAAAGACCAAGAGCAAGCACAGAAAUUGAAAAGCCAGCAGCCACUUAAGCCUCAAUCACACACACCUGUUGCUCCAGUCAAGCAGACUAAGGACUUGACAGAGACGUUGAUGGAUAAUAUGUCUUCCUUGACCGGCCUUUCCAUUAGCACCCCUAAAGUUGCUCCCGGCAGUUUCUCUUCAGUUCCUUGCAUGGGAUUUUCUUCACCAGUUGAUAAUGCCAAGAGGAAUUUGACAAAUGGACUAAACGCCAAUAUGAGCUUUCACUCUCCUGGAUUCAACAUGGGGGCUAAUACAAACCAGAAUUUCUUCAGUGGGGCGAGCACAUCCGCCGGAAUCUCCAAGAUGACAAUGGGGACAGCCUCUAAUUUGCCAAACUUCAAUGCUAUGAGUUCUCCAGCUGCGGUUUCCCAGCAGACCCAACAAAGACCCGCAGACAUGUCUGCUUUAGAUAGUCUUUUUGGUCCUCAAAAGCCCAAAAUUAGCAUGAACCAGUUAUCUCAGCAGAAACCAAACCAGUGGCUUAACCAGUUUGCACCUCCUCAAGGGUCCCCGGUUACAGGGAGUUCAGUAAUGGGGACCCAGAUGAACAUGGUUGGGCAGCCUGCGUUUGGUAUACAGGGAAAUCCUUUCUUUAACCCCCAGAACUUCGCUCAGCCAACAAAUACGAUUACCAACAGCAGUUCAGCUAGCAAUGAUUUAAAAGAUAUUUUCGGGUAAGGUCGCAAGUUGUCUUUUAGAAAAAUGGAUUCAAUUUUAAUCAUGGGUAAGCUGAAUUACAUCUUAGUAAGGUUGGUUAGCUGCCUAAUGUCAAGAAAUUUUCCAUCCAGGAACUAAGGUUUUGUAAAAGCGUAACAGCUGCUUCCACGCCAGCCAAGUAGUUGGGUAAAAUCCUUUCUUUGACUUUUCUCAGGCGUUCAUUGCAGUCUUUUUAUUCUGCAGCACCAUUUUCUUGCUUCCUUUUCGGGUCUUUUAAGAGCUUGGCCCUUACCAUUCUGAUUGAAAAAGAGGAACACCAUUAAAUGUAUAUAUGUUGUUCAAAAUUUGUAUCACUACUUUUUCUUUGUGUUGCUUUGUAUCAUAAAUUGAUCAAAAAUGUAUUGGUGGUGGUGACUGCCCUUUGAGGUAGUACAGGCUUUUUGCACAAGUACUUUUAAAUUUCAAUUGGUUAUUUGUUUUGUCCAGACACUAUAGUUUUUCUGUUAAAUUGGAAUGACUCAAAGGUAGCUUUUAUGAAAUAUGUGAAAUCAUCCAUUAGCUUCUUCUGGUUAUUAGCUUAUCCCGGUUUUAUCAGCUAAACUAUAUUUAUCGGGAGGAACUAUAAAUGAAAACUAGUAUUUAAUUCACAGUGCUUUUUAUUGGUUCAAACUUUUAUUGGUUAAUAGGUUUGAACAGCUUAAAGACAAAUAACUGUAAAAUGAUUUUUGAUUUGGUCUGCUCAAGUACUGACACUUGUGAUUCACUUCUUGGGGGUCUUUGGGAUCAGAAGAGGAAUACAGACUGAAUUUAGUACCAUGUGCAGUUACUUGAGAAAGAUCUUCCCCUAACUACUAUUUUUCUGUUGUUUUGAAUCCAAACUUUUGUGAAGCUCCGGUCUAUCUGAAAUGAAUUUUCAAAAGCAUCUUUAUAAGAAUUAGAAUGUAUUUGGUGAAUGAUUUUUUGAAGCUUUGCUGUAUUGCUCCAAUUUGAAUAAAGUUUCCUUCUCCAUGAA